CCUCCGCGAUUUUCCGCCGAGCUCCGCAGCCGGGUGAACGCAGAGAGCUUUUCGGUAAGGGGACUUUACUCGAGAGCGAGGCCCCCCGGCCCCCUCCUCCUCCUCCUCCUCCUUUUCCUUUUCCUUUCCCCCCGCUCCCUUUUCCGCUUCACACUCCCGUGUGUUUUAGUUUGAUUUUUAUUUUACUGUAUUCUGCCUGACUGUUUUCUCGUGCGCUCGGAUUUCUGUGGAGGAUUUGAGAGCUCCGGACGAGGCCGCGGGCUUUGGGCGCAGGAGGGGGGAUGACUUUAGAGUCUAUGAUGGCUUGCUGCCUGAGUGAAGAGGCGAAGGAGUCGAAACGGAUCAACGCUGAGAUCGAUAAGCAGCUGCGCCGAGACAAGCGGGACGCGAGGCGGGAAUUAAAGCUUCUCCUUCUCGGUACGGGAGAGAGUGGCAAGAGCACGUUUAUCAAACAGAUGCGCAUCAUCCAUGGCGCCGGCUACACGGACGAGGACAAGCGCGGCUUCACCAAGCUGGUCUACCAGAACAUCUUCACGUCUAUGCAGGCCAUGAUCCGCGCCACAGAGACGCUCAAAAUCGGCUACAAGUACGAGCAGAACAAGGCCAACGCCAUGCUGGUGAAGGAGGUGGACAUCGAGAAGGUCUCGUCGUUUGAUCAGCCCUACGUUAACGCCAUUAAGAUGCUGUGGUCAGAUCCAGGCAUCCAGGAGGCCUACGACCGCCGCAGAGAGUACCAGCUCUCUGAUUCCACUAAAUACUAUCUGUCCGAUCUGGAUCGUAUCGCUGACCAGUCCUAUCUGCCCACCCAGCAGGACGUGCUUAGGGUCCGAAUCCCAACCACGGGCAUCAUCGAGUACCCUUUCGACUUGCAAAGCAUCAUUUUCAGAAUGGUGGAUGUGGGUGGGCAGAGGUCUGAGCGCAGGAAGUGGAUCCACUGCUUCGAGAACGUCACGUCCAUCAUGUUCCUGGUGGCGCUGAGCGAGUACGACCAGGUGCUGGUGGAGUCCGACAACGAGAAUCGUAUGGAGGAGAGUAAAGCGCUUUUCAGGACGAUAAUCACAUAUCCGUGGUUCCAAAACUCCUCAGUCAUCCUCUUCCUCAAUAAGAAGGACCUCUUGGAGGAGAAGAUUUCCUACUCCCAUCUGGUCGACUACUUCCCAGAGUUUGACGGUCCCCAGCGGGAUGCGCAAGCGGCGAGAGAGUUCAUCCUCAAGAUGUUUGUGGAUCUGAACCCCGACAGCGACAAGAUCAUCUACUCGCACUUCACCUGCGCCACGGACACGGAGAACAUCCGCUUCGUCUUCGCCGCCGUGAAGGACACCAUCCUGCAGCUCAACCUCAAAGAGUACAACCUGGUGUAGGCCGCCAUCGCCGGGGACUACUCGCACACUUCAGCACAGAACAGACACACACCUACACACACACACACACACACACACACACACAACACAGUUACCCACGGUCCACUUCGUUUUCCAGCCUUCUCGUUUUUUUUGUCCAGCUGUGUGAGGGUGUUCCAGACACUUCCUGCUUUUACUCUGUCUGUUUUGCCAAAGCCCGCCCACUUUCUCUCGUCGGCAGCUCGUGUCCAAGCCCUCCCUCCAUUCCUCCCUCUCUCCCUCCGUCCCUCCUUUCCUUUGAAGUGGACCGUUGGGAUUUUUCUUCAGAUUUGAUGACAUGGGUGGGGUUAUAGACUCAGACUUUUCGUUUUCAUUCUCGAUUUGAAAGUGUUUUAAAAAAAAAAAAAAAAAUAUCCGUUUGAAAUGGCAGAAUUGACCAGACGAUAUUGUGUUUAUCGACAAAGUUGCUAGUGGAAACUGGAAGUGACAUCCCUCACCUUCUCCUUCUGCUUCUCCAGUCACAUCUGCAUUCUGCCUGCCUGGAUGGAUGGAUUGAUUUUUUUUUUUUUUUUUUUUUCCGGCUUUUUCAUCCUGCCAGUCGGGGGGGGGAAAGUUUUCAAGAAGAAAGUCUCAUCUUAUUUACACACGGACACAAGGACAAGCGCUGUGGUGCUAGAAGCUGUGAAUGGCUCCAUUACAUGUUUUCAGAGGAGUCAAAUCCAAAGGGUUUUCCAGCAGGUUCCACGGGUGGUGCGAGGCCAGUCUUCACCUCGCAUCCAUGAAUGUAAACUUUGUGAGCAUUGUAAUCAGAUGUAACGCCAGAAUGAGAACGAGAGGUUGUGGUGAUGCAAAUCAAUCAGUGUACAUUGCUCAGAUGAUCAUUUAAAAAUGUUUUAAUGAUAGGUUACUAUAGCUACUGCUGUUAUCACGUGACGUAUAACAGCAUUUCAAUCAAAGAUGGGUAAGAAAUUGCAAAUUUUAAGGAUUAUCAGGAUUUAUCAGUGUGUAGUACAGAUAUUGACUCAGUAGGUAUUGUUUUGCCAGUUUUCACACAGGUUAAGAUGUUCCAUUACUUCUUUCCCAUGUUUAUUUUAAGGAUUUUUACAUAGAAACUGCUUGCGCCUUUCCUUGUUCACGGGUUUUUUUUCCCUAAUUUUUUCCAGCUGCUGGUACCGUACUCUGCAUGACUAGACUCCUUUUUUUUUUUUUUUUGUUUUUUUUUUUUUUUUACUUUUACAGACACUUCAGCAGUGCACUCAGUAAUACUUCGGAUUAUCGAUAUCACCACCAAGUAGUGGCCUGACGCGCACAUUUUUAUUUGUUUACUUUUUUUUUUUUUCUUUCAAAAAACACAGAGACAUCUUGUGAAAUAACAGUUUGUGGAGACACGUACGUUAAUUUAGCUUCGUUUGGGGUCGGGAGCUAGCGUUAAGUGAAGGGGGGUGCAGGAAGUCGCAAGUUAAUUGAUUGUGUAUAUUUAUAUUUGUAAAUACGUAUACACUUUAUUGCUUAUGUAAAAAAAAAAAAAAAAGUCUGUGGUACAGUAUCUUUGGCAAAAAGGAAAAAAAAUUACUUCGUAAUUGUGUACGGUUUCGGUUGGUUUCUUAUGACUUACAAUAUUAUUGAUACUGUGAUUUAUUUUUUUUCUUCACUAUGAUUAUUCAGAAGACAUACGCAUAGCUGUACAUGGAAGCGGUUAUGAGCAAUAGUGUGAGAGAAAUGGAAAAGAGAAGCGUUUUUCUCUCAGGUUUGGAAGAAAACCACGAAUACGGCCCCUCUUACGGCAUGAAUGUUGUUAUUCUCAGUAUAUAAAGAUAUGAAAUGAUUUUCAAGAAGGGGAAUUAACUAAAGAUUAACUAAAGUAAUGUUUAUUUAUCUAAUUUAUGGACCAGUUUUGAAGUCGUUGGGGUCUUUUUCUGCUGUACAAAACUCUAUGGGUGUAUUAGCUUUUAUUGCCUUUUAUUUCCUUUUCUUUUUCCCCUGAAAAAAAAAUUUGGCAACAUGAUUUUACAGUGUCCAGACUUUCUUCCAUUUUUUUGUAAACUUUCAGAUUGUCAGAUUUCCAUGUGAUAUUCAAGUGAAGUGCUUCAAACAAACAGGAAAGUCUUUUAUGACCGAUCGAACAUCUAAGCGUACAAUUUCCUUGUCUUUUCCUUUCUAAUCACGUGCAGUGUGUUCAUCAUUGUAUAAAUGAUGAGCUGGUAGAGGGGGUAAAAAGGUGUUGCAGGUUUCUACAGGUUUCCUUUUAUAGUUUAUCAUCAAGGGCUAAGAAAAUGCAUAAAGUCGUCACACAAGACCAGUGCAGGUGAAGAGGCGACAGGAGCAAAGUCUCGUUCAUGUUCAAGGAGCAAAGUGCAGUUUGUUCAAAGACACAGGAUCAGAGUUUUACUUUUUAUGGUUCAGCUGCUUGGGUCAACCGCAUGUCCCAUCAGAUUACAUUUACUGCCCUCCAUUUUAAACCAGUAUGACAUCUUUGAUUGGUCUUUUUGUAAAAAGUAAAUAAAUAAUAAAAGAUACAAACAACAAAACACUAAGGUCCUGAUUUACCAAGAUCCCACCCUGAUUUGUGUGCACAGAGUUACAGAUGGUUUACAAAUAAAAAUUGCAUAAAUGACUUCACGUCAAAGUAGCAAAAGGAUACGACAUUUAAAGAGAUUUUUGCGUGCGCCGUGACAAGUUCGGCUCUCGAAGAGACUCAGAACCUCGCCACACGUAUGCAUUUUUUGCACAAAUAUAACACCAGAGUAUAGAAGAGUAUAGAAAUGAAUGUUUGUCUUGUUCAGUUAAAAAAGCAGAGAAUAUUUAAUAUUAAAGGUGCGUUAUCUUGCGGUAAUAAUGUCAUAAUUUCUAGAAGUUUCCAAAGUGACUUUCAUGCUCUAGUAAGUCACUGCUGGUGCUAAAUGAAUCUAAAUUGAUGCAUAGACAGCGUCCUCUGUUCUCUUUAUGUAGGAAACUCCCAAAUUUUAUAAGCAUUAAGCAGAGGUGCCAAGAUGUACGGAUUAGCUGUAGUAUUUGCAGUUUUUCACCCCUUACUUCAGCAGUACUGAAUACACCUAAAGACUAUGCUUUUCUGCUUUUUUCAGCUCAAGGCCGGUUUAUAGAUUGUUCACAUACUCACUUAUGUAUCUUAUAUACAUCUGGAGGAUUAAAAGCAAGAUCCACUAGAUGGCAUGUGUUGGCCAAAACAUCCGUCUGUCUGGUUUCCAAGUAAAUGUUUAGUGAGUUCAUGCACAGUGACACUAAACACAAUAGCGAGCUCUGUUUCUUUUUUUUUUUUUUCUUUUUUUUUUUUUUUUACUUUCUGCCGUCAUCGUGAUUGUCGUCAUGAGCUGUUUCAAAUCAAAAACUCUGGCUUCGUUCAAAAGAAUUUCUAAUUUAGAAAAUCUAGAAGCCUAGUACGCGAAACAGAAAUUUCAGUAGGUGUGAUGUAUAUGAGAGGUUUUUAAAAUUCAAACAGUCAUUUCUGAGGACGUGCACGACGAAGCAACGCUCGACCUGCAGGAUACGUGCGGCAGACAUGUUGUGUACUGUAUAGUUAAAGGCAAGUAUAAUCCAGGCCUGAAUUUUCUUGUUAAUAAUGUUGGCACCUCUGCAUUAAGGCAAACGCCUAAAACCUUUUUUGCGGCUGUUGUCGGGUUUGCACAUGCUUUUCCACACACAAACCUUUAGUAAAUCAGAGCCUCAGUGUGUAAGUCUAGAAAAAAUUGUUUACUCGUUUGUCAUUUAUAAUAAUCUGAAGGUGGGUAAAUCUCCGCUAGGCAAAACUGAAAAAACAAUCUUUUUUUUUUUUUUUUUUUAACUGAACGAGGAAGAGCUCAAAUCUCCAGAGUGCGAGUGAUUUGAAUAUUAAAAACUAGAACGCUCUCUAGUUGUGCAUGGCAGUAUUUGUUUGGUCUCUACAGAGCGUCGCAGUUUUUACAAAACAAUCAUGAGACUAGAUUACACAAAAAUAUCUUCAGUUUACUAAAUACCCAAAAUGUAUGAAUUAAGAAUCUACAUCAGCCAUGUCCUUUCUGUCUUGAUAUAUCUAUUGUAUGUCUGUGAUUAUCUUAAUCCACAAAUCAAAACUAAUUCAUUAACGUCAAUCCGUUAAUUGCAAUAUGGACGGAUGUCUCAGGAUGACAACACUAUGAAUAUGUAUUUGUUGAAACAAGAAGUUUGAUUGUAGUGGAUGUACAUGCUUGUCCUAUGAGGACUCUUAAAACAUGUAAUGGUCUGAUUAUUUUAUAUGCACUUUCUUUUUAAUCCUUUUAUUUUUUGUUGUUGUUGUUCUCAUGCCACAAAGAUGAGUAAAGCUUCCAAAGCCCCUUCAAAGAGCAAGAGGUAGUUAGUACUUAGAUCUAGUCAAUUAAUGGAAUGGACUCAGUUUGCCAUGAUCAUAGCAGUGGAAAAGUAUUUAAAUUUUUAAGCUCAUCUGCCCAGCGUUCUUAGGAAAAUGUCUACCUCUGUGAGAAUUUGAGAUGUUUUGGGCAUUUUCAGUAUCAGGAACGACGCAAGAAGCACAUGAAGCACCUCAACACGGUGCAGUGUAUUGUGAAGCAGAUUACUGAUUAAGAAUCUUUCUGGUAAUUUUUUUAUUCUCGUUCUAUGAUCCCGAACACUCAUAAUGCAGUAUUGGCCAUCAUCAUAGUUACCUUGCAGUUAUUUAGCAUUUCUGUAUUAUCAGAGUGCCUGAGCUGAGUUUUAGCAUGAAUCACGGUUUACACCCGGUUAUACAAAGAGAAAAACACAUUAGCACAAGCGUAGUCGGCAAAGAAAGUGGUACAGUGUGUGUGAUUCAUGUAAGUAAUUCUCCGUGCAGAGGAAUGAGUCGGUGAUAUUUUGUACUGGCACUGCUACUGCAGGCUAGUACUUUAAAAUUCUUGUUUGGAAGUCGCUUACAUUUUCCCCACUGUUUUUGGACGCUGUUGGAUCUAAGACAGUUUUCCCCAUCUCUCGGUAAGGAUGAUGCAGAGUGGCAUGUGAAAUAUCCAUUUCUCUUUUUCCCCCCAUUAUACCAGAUGUAAAUGUUGUAUUAUAUCAUGUGCCAAUCCCCUCCAUGGAGACUGACUUUAUAUAAGUGCCAACUGUCGUCCGAAUCCCACGAGGACCGAAAGAUGAGACAUGGUCCUCAUUUUAAAACCCAGUGGAAACACUAAAUAAGAGAGAAAAACACAGUGACUUUAUUCUGUAUUUAAGAUUUAAGAGAAACUGCUGUUUUUGUUUUUUUGUUUUUGUUUUUGUUUUGUUUUUUUAAUAAAUUGUAAUUUUUAAAAUGCAUGUGCUCUGUGUUGGGGUUGGAGUUUAUGGGCUAAGAAAAUAUAUUAAUAUUAAAGCCCUCAAGGCGAGGGAUCAUAUUGGAUAUUGAUUUACAACAUUCUCGCCAUAUUUUAUUUUUUUUUUGUCUUUAUUUGUAUUGAUUCAUUUCAACCACUGUUGCCUGAACCUCAUUCAAACAUGGAAAAGAUUUUCAUAACCGCCUUCUAAAAAAAUCUAUUAAAAAAAUAAAAAAUAAAGUAUCUGUUUUAAAUUUAAAUAAAUUUGUUCCUAUACUUGC